CGUUUCAUUCAGUAUAGUCGGUGUAACCGAAGGCGAGCUGAACUCACGCGAUAUUUAUUCACGUGUUUGCCGUUCUCUCUCGUUGUUGUUCGCCUUCGCGUUUCGUCAUUCGUCGAUAUCGCGAGCCGAUUAAACGAUCGGUGUCGGGGAAGUCAAGUUUCUGCGAUACAUGACUCGCACAAAUAUCUCAAGCACCAAGCAUCUUUUUGUGAUAACCGAUUAUCGGGGAUAUAUACUUACAUCACUAUCGAUUACGAAAACAAGUGAUUUUCUUCGCGAGAAAGUCGGAAUAUCAGAGAUCAAUUGUGUUGAAGCGGCUGUCCAGUGAUUUUGUGUAAAAACUGGUCGUUAGUAUGUAGAUUCUCCAAAUGUGCUCUCGCAUACAUAAAAAAAUCCGUGGGAAAAACAGCAAGCGCAUUUCCGUACAAAAGUCAAAUAUAGAUACGAUUAAUUCACAGAAGGAUUACGCGCUGAUUUGAGAAGAGAUAAUCGAAGAAAAUUCACGAAGAGAUCGAGAAAAUCGGAUUAUAUUAUUUCUCAGUCAAGAGCAAGAACGUUUCGAAUGAUGUUGCAAACUGCCUAAGUUUGCGAGUUUUAACAAUUAUGUAAAUUAAAUUACGUUUUCAUCAAGAACUCGCGAAGCACAAAACAAUUAAAUUAGUUUUUUUGCUCAGCCAAUAUCCCGCGGCCAAAGUUCUUUUCGAUGUGUACACAAUAGCAUUAAACAACGUAUAGACCCGAUUACGUUACCUCUGUGUUUGAUUAUUCAAACGUCUAUAUUCCCGCUGGGAAUAAGCGAAGACUUUUUUUUUUUGCUUGUAAGUCAAAGAAACGUUUCUGUGCGCAGGUUUCAUUUGAAUGAAUAAUUAAAAUUGAUCGCUCGUCGACAUAGCCGAGCGUGUAUCCGGUCGUUCAGUUUAAUGCGGCCGAUAGGUAGUUAUCGUGAAGUGAGGAAUCGACUGUAGCGCGUAUCAAAUUGUGUCGUCGCGAAACUCACUCGUUUCAAGACGAUGAAGGAAUAAAGUCGUCGACGUAAAUUCGCUCUCGGAAUAGCAAAGAGAUUUCAUAGACAAGGGCGAAGUUUCUGCGAAAGUGCCGAUAAAUUACUAUCUGCAGACAAGAAGUUCAACGUUCUUCAUGAAGAUGAACGAGCCGAUGCACGUGUGAAGUCGUGACGCAACGUGACUUUCAUUCUCGAUCAAGAGAACAUUUCUCUUGGAAAGGAAACCGGAAUUAGAUCGAAGUUGUUCAUCUUUAUGAUUUUUGCAAAAGAACGGAAUUGUUGAAUCCAAACGAGUUGCUUGAAUCGCGUAAUGCAGAACAGAAACCAAACUGCUGCUACACGUGACAAGAACUUGUUGCCGACAGAUUUAACGAUAAUCAAGAUAUUUAUCUCGCAGCGGAAGAUAAAUCUGUUAUCGGAGAUAUUAAAGAAUUUUGGGCUCUGUCACGCUACAUUCAUUUAAAUCAACGUAAUCAUGGAUUUGUGUGAAGAAAAAUAUGCGAUGCUGGGCCACAAUAUAACCGAUUACACAUCGGGCAAAAACGUUGAGAAUAACAACAACAAUAACAAUGAAAAAAAUGAAAAGAAGACGUUGCACAAACCACUUGUGCAAUACUCGUCAAAUGCAAAAGGAGUGUUCGCGCAGUGUUUAGUAACAGGUGCAGUAUUGUUAUUGGCAACUGGCGGUGGUAUGCCGAUUGGUUAUAGCGCCGUCUUGUUACCGCAAUUGGCAGAAAAAAACAGUACCUUGUAUGUGGAUCGCGAACUUGGCUCCUGGAUAGCUUCUAUUCACAGUCUGGCUACUCCCGUUGGUUCGCUCUUGUCAGGACCGCUUCUCGAUGCGAUCGGCAGACGGGGUAGUCUCCAGUUAUCAGCGAUUCCUCUUGGCAUAGGCUGGCUAAUAAUAGGUUUUUCGAAAAACGUGACGUGCCUUUUAGUGGGAAGGCUGAUAUGCGGUGUGUCCGUAGGACUGAUGGCGGUCCCAUCACAGGUGCUGGUAGGAGAAAUGGCGGAUUCGGGUCUUCGCGGCUUCCUGGUGGGCGGAGGAUUUGCUUCGUACUGCUUAGGUAUCCUGCUGGUUUACGCUCUCGGCGCUUCUUUUAAUUGGGACAUUGUAGCUUUUAUCGCCAUCGUGCUUCCCGUUCUGGCCUUGGUCGCUCUCUGUUUGGUGCCUGAAAGCCCCACCUGGCUCGUUAGACGGAACAAAAUUGAACAGGCCAAGAAAGCUCUUUUGUGGCUCAGAGGUGGUGAUAUAGAACAGACAAAUGCGGAAGUAGAGCUUCUGACUUCACGGAUGAGAGCCGAUCUCGCACUGAAACCAAUAAAUGUUUCGGUAAAGAAGAGAAUCGUUUCGACACUGUCAACAAUUCGCGAUCGGGGCGUAUUGAAACCAUUGAUUAUCAUCAACGUAUUCAAUGCGCUUCAAUUGGCCUCCGGAACGUACAUUAUCGUCUUUUACGCCGUCGAUAUGAUCAAGGACAUAGGCGGCGGUAGCGUGGAUAAUUACUUAGCAGCUGUGGUGACAGCAGUUAUCAGAUUUAUCUUCUCUCUCGUUUCCUGCGUUUUGCUACUUAAAAUGGGCAGACGAACUUUGGGCGUCCUUUCCGCGGCCGGCACGUCUCUGGCCUCGUUAAUUCUCGCUGGAUACAUGAUUGUCAGAAAAGAAGGAUCUUCCAUGGAUGCUUACGUCUUAGCUGUGUGCUUGUUGUUUUACGUCGCUGUAAAUACCGUGGGUCUGUUAGUACUUCCCGGAUUGAUGACUGGCGAACUGAUGCCUCUAAGAGCUCGAGGCAUCGGCGGUGGAUGCAUCUUCUUCGUAUUCAAUCUUCUGAUGUUUUUCGUUACCAAAAGUUUUCCAUGGCUGAAUAGUGAAGUUGGCACAACGGUAGUUUUUAUUAUCUUCGGUGUUUCCGCACUUUUGGAAGGCCUCUUUAUCUACUUUGCUUUACCGGAAACGAAGGAUUGCACCCUUCAAGAAAUUGAAGAUUACUUUCAACAAAGCAACGUUUUGUGGAUAACCAGAACACCGACAAAAAGAAAGGCACCCGAUCAAUGCGUUAGUUUUCUCUAAUACCUAAUAAAAAAAUAAAAUUGCGGUAAAAACUUUUAUGUAUUGCAAUCAUAAAAACUUUUAUGAUUGCGACGUUUUUUUUAAGUUUAAUCUAAUUGUACAUUUUUGUAUUUUUUUUAUUGUAAAAGACAUACAUGUACAUGACAAACAUUGUUAUGUUAAGUUGUUCAAGCAAGUAGUUUUGUACGUAAUAAUGUGGUAAAAGAUAAUGUAUAUAUAUUGUUUAUUUAUAGAUAGAAGAAUUAUUCAAACUUUAUGAUUAUUAAAUCUUAAAGUUUAAAGUGUUGUGAUUUAUGUUUGAAUGAAAACAGAGUUUUUGAUAUGUAAGCCGAUUUGUAUAAUUGUUCGUUGAAGUCGUUUGAGAAAUUAAUGAUAGUUAUUUAGAACAAAAGAACCAAUGCAAUUAUAUCGAAGUACAACUCCUGCACGCAGGCUUUAUUAAGUUAACUUUUACAGAUAUGAUUUUGACAACAAGAUUUACAAUUACUAUUAAAUUGUCACAUGCGAUAUCGAGCACAUGAUGACACUAGAAUAAAAUAUUAUUAUCUUUUCAUUGUUGUCUUUUUAUUUUCUUUCUAUAAUCACCUAAAUAUUAAUUACUAUAUAUAUUGUAUAACGUGGCGCUCUUUUAGCGCCAGUCGCUAUUUAUAAUAUAUAUAUAUAUAUAUAACAUUUCUCGGUUUUGCCUCCAACUGAGUUAUAGGAUGCUAAAUGUGCAACAAAUUAUAAUUGUAAAAUCUUCAUAAGAUUUUAUUCACAGAAAUAAAAAAUAAUAACUCGAAUAAUUGAAUUAAAAAUUAUACAUUUAAAAUGAUUAUUUAAAGAGAAAAAGUUUUUACCUGACAUUACAUUUUUUCUAAUCUGUACAGUUUUCUUUCUUUCAAUUGAGUCGUAAUAAUUGAAACUUCAAAACUCGUAUUUAGGAAUUUAUUCUUGCGCGGGGUAUGGAUUUAUACGGUAUCUGAAACUUUUUGAUACACAGUCGAUGUAAUUUUCAAAAAAGCAAUCAAUCAAUGUCCAACUGAUAGCGGGAAGUCGUCUCUAUCUUCUGUAGAAGAUCGUAUGUGAAGGAAGCAAUCUUCUUUACAACUAAAAAAAUUACAUGUAUAUUUAUAUACACAGCAAAUUAAGCAUCUUUGAAUUUUUGAAUUGAAUUUAAUUCGAAUUUCUAUGAAUUUACAUGUUUAAAAAUAUAUAAUUUUAUACGUACACCUAGCAUUGGUUCACAUUAACCACGUAAACUUUCUGCUAGUUACAAAUUACAUGCCUAUACAGAGUCCAAUGAACUCUUUCAUAAAUAUUUAAGUUACCUUUUGUCAAAACACUUACCACAUACCGUCAAAAAAAAAAAAAAAA